AUGGGACUUAAUUCCAUGCCCCGCUUCUCUCCCCUGCUCCGCGACCAUGCGGCGUACAAGCAGUUACUGAAACAUUUUGACCAGGCCACCAGCGAGCUACGACGUACCGCCCAUAACCUGAUGCCGGAUGUAUUGCUGGAAGAAGGCAUUGCACAGGCCAUUUAUUAUUUCUGUAAAAACGUGGAAGAAACCACGCCCCUGAACAUCGUUUUUCAUCAAUACGGUGAGCUGCCGCCGCUGCUGCCUUCUUUUGAGAUAUCCCUCUACCGCAUGGUGCAGGAGCUGCUGCAAAACAUCAUCAAACAUGCACAGGCUACCCGCGCCAUUGUACAGCUUAACUACGGCAAUGACCUGCUCAGUAUUACUAUCGAAGAUGAUGGUUGCGGGAUGGACCUUGCUGCGGGCGAUGGCAUGGGGCUGAAAAGCAUCCGUAACCGUGCACGCAUUCAUAACGGCAGUAUGGAAAUCCAGAGCAACAAAGACAAUGGCACGGCCAUCUACCUGGAGUUCGACCUGCUUUCUUCUUUAUCCCUAAAACCAGCAAAAAAUGUCCAUUAA